AUGCAGCAGCAGCAGCAGCAGCAGCAGCAGCAGCAGCGAGAGCAGCAAGUGCUGCAACAGAAGUUGCAGAAGCAACAGCAGCAGCAAGAACCGCAGCAGAUGCGGCAGCAACAGCAGAUGCAGCAGCAACUGCAGCAACAGCAGCAGCAACUGCUGCUGCUGCUGCAGAUGCUGCCCAGGGACCGCAGCGUUAUUGAGGCCGAUGUGGGGCCGCCUGUGCUGCCAGCAGCAGCAGCGGGCUGCAGCAGCAGCAGCAGGCUGCAGCAGCAGCAGGGGGCAGCAGCAGCAACAGAAGGGGAGGAGGAAGUGACCGCAGCCGUUUCAAGCUCCCUUGCAACAACCAUGCUGCCAGCAGCAGCAGCGGGCUGCAGCAGCAGCAGCGGGCUGCAGCAGCAGCAGCGGGCUGCAGCAGCAGCAGCAGGCUGCAGCAGCAGCAAGGGGCAGCAGCAGCAACAGAAGGGGAGGAGGAAGUGA